AUGAAAGCAGAUUUGGAGGUCCAGCUGGUGCAGAAGAAGUUGAAGUGCUUCCAUGGCGAGGACGCAGAGUGCCCUGUAAAGAUCACUGGUGCUCACAGCUUUGGAUCGUUGAUCAAGGCAUAUGGUUUCGUCAAGGAUGUAGCUGGUGCAUGGAAUUGCUGGCGAGAGAUGUCCAUGCAACACCUCAAGCCCACGAACAUCACACUUGGGUGCAUGGUUGAGGCUGUCGCCAGCAAUGGAGAUGUGGAUGGUGCUCACGAACUCAUCCAAAGGCUCCUUGAAGAUAAGGAGACCAAGACCCAGGUGAAUGCGGUAAUCUACGGCUCCAUCCUGAAAGGCUUUAGUCGCAAGAAGCGAAUGGAUCGUGUCUGGGAUGCCUUCAAUGAGAUGAAGAUCCACGGCAUCACUCCAACUCUCAUGACUUUUAACGCCAUCAUGGACGGCUGUGUAAGAAAUGAAGAGAUGAGCAAGGUAACAGAACUUGUGCAAGAAAUGCGGCAGUACGGUCUGGAGCCAAAUCUAAUCACACACAGCACCAUGAUCAAGGGCUUCUGUGCAAGCGGCGACAUGCAGUCCGCAUUUGCCAUCUUUGAGCAGCUUCAGAAGGGACCUGAAAGCCCUGAUGAGGUCGUGUACAACACUCUUUUGGAUGGGUGCCUCAAGGCUGGCAUGGCUGAUGAAGGAGAACAGCUCUUGGAGGCCAUGAUGGCACAAGGAUUGCCGCCGAGCAUCUACACCUUGAGCGUGGUGGUGAAGCUGCUGGCCAAUGCCAAAAGAUUGGACAAGGCAUUCAGGUUGGCGGAGACAGCGUCUGCGCGUUUCCGGUUUCGCUUGGGGGCACAGCUGCAAACAGCUCUUCUGCAGGCCUGCAUCUCUUGCCGAGCGUUUGAGCGUGGUGCCCGGUUCUACUUGAAAACACACAAGGACCGAUUGUCUGCGGACAAAAAGUGA